GUAGGGAAAUACACAUGGAAACACGUUUCCUAUCUCUCUUAGAAGAAGAGAUAGAAGCAGUUGUAAUAAUGUGUGCCAGUGGUGAUACAAUAAGGAACAUCAUGUUAGCAGCUCAUCGUCAAGGAAUGACCAAUGGAGACUACAUUUUCUUCAAUAUUGAACUCUUCAACAGUUCAUCCUAUGGAAAUGGCUCGUGGAAGAGAGGAGACAAACACGACCUUGAAGCGAAGCAAGCAUACUCAUCCCUCCAAACAGUCACUCUACUGAGGACAGUGAAACCUGAGUUUGAGAAGUUUUCCACAGAGGUGAAAAGUUCUGUUCAGAAACAAGGGCUGCAUGAGGAUGAUUAUGUUAAUAUGUUUGUGGAAGGAUUCCAUGAUGCCAUUCUUCUCUAUGCUCUGGCAUUACGCGAAGUCCUAAGGUAUGGCUAUAGUAAGAAGGAUGGAGCAAAAAUUAUUCAGCAGACACGGAACAGGACAUAUGAAGGCAUUGCAGGGCAGGUGUCCAUUGAUGCCAACGGGGACCGAUAUGGGGAUUUCUCAGUAAUUGCAAUGACCGACCCAGAAACAGGCACACAGGAGGUGAUUGGCGACUACUAUGGAAAGCAGGGGCGCUUUGAAUUUCGAUCAAACAUGAAGUAUCCUUGGAAUCAUGGCAAGCUGAGAGUAGAUGAGAGCCGCAUCGCAGAGCACACAAACACCACACCUUGUAAAUCAUCAGGUGGCCUAGGAGAGUCAGCAGUCACAGGAAUCGUAGUGGGUGCCUUGCUUGGGGCAGGAUUGCUAAUGGCUUUUUACUUUUUCAGAAAGAAAUACAGAAUAACUAUUGAGAGGCGAAGUCAACAGGAAGACUGUAAUAUGGGCAAGCAUCGGCAGCUACGUGAAGACUCCAUUCGAUCUCAUUUCUCUGCCGCGUAAAGAAGUCGGGUAGAAAACAAAAUCCAUUCUCCCUGAAGAAAACUUUAGGAAAAUGAACACAACCAAAGACAUCAGUGUAAAAGAAAGAGUUCUUCAAGAGCCUCUUCCUUUAAGUAGUAGAGUCAUUUUGUCUUAAUUUCUUUCAGAAACUCAGGAAUGAUUUACUAACUGCAUGAUGCCACAUGGCCUUUCAUCUCAUGAAAACAAAAAAGACAGUUUUCCAUUGUAGGAAGCCUGUAGUGUUCAGAGAGGGUAUACCCUAAGACAUUUAUUGUGGGCAGCAGUCCUGUGCUUAGAGCUGGAGAUGCCUCAUCCAGAUCCUUCUUUUUAACUUCUACUCCCUUAGUUGCAUCUCUCACAAGGAUAUUAAAUGUGGUGUUAUGGACACAGCUGCUGCAUCAUCAUCAGAAUAAAAACAUCUUAUUAUCACUGAAAUCAUUGGCUAUUCGCCACUCAGUGGCUGCAGGAUCAGAAUCAUAUAGUUUAAUCUUGGGAGAAAUUUGCCAUAUAAAAUGUGAUUAAUUUGUGUAGUGCAAAGGGUGGAAACACUCAUGGAAGUCAUUCUUUCUUGCUAUGGAUAGUAUCAAAAUCAAGCCUGGGCAUAGGAAGACUGAUUCUCCUCUCAUUUACACCACUGCAAAUCACUAGCAACUCCACUGAAUUCAGUGGGAGUUUCCCCUGGUAUAAGGCAAGGAGAAUUGGUAGCUGAGAAUGGAUUUGCUAUUCCUUUAACCUUCAUAUUAUUUUAUUGUCCUCAUCUCUCUUUACCAUCAUCUCCUCUCUGAAAGGGUAGUAUAGUACAUGAUCUUGCUCCCACGGAAGGCAAUGACAAAAGUUCCACUGACUUGAGUGAGAGCAGGGUAUAAUCCAAAAUGUGUAAAUAUUAAUACUGUGCGGUGUUUGUAUAGUAAAGGCAAUUCAACAGAUUUUCCUUGUAUAAAAAUGACAUUCCAUGCUAGCAUUUUAUUUUUUAGGUAUUUUUUAUCUUGUAUUUUUCUAUUAAAAUGUCUAUUUUUGCUCUGGUAAGAUUAAAAGUCAAGGUGAGAGAAGGUUUGAAGAAAUAUUUUUUACAAGCUCAAAUAAUGUGCACAGCAAAUCUAAGAUGUAAAUAAGAAAGAUUUUUGGGGGUGUGAAUAUUAAGCAAAUUGUCUUCCUCCUUCUACCCAAGGCAUGUGGAGAAUGCAAGUAAUUAAUUAGCUAAAGUAAAUUCAAUUCAGUAAUUAAUGUGAUAGUUAUUCAAGACGAUUCACCUUUAGACCCUGAUCCUGCAGGCAAUUAACUUGAUACCUGUGAGUAGUCCCAUUUAGUGAGGCUUGCUGCUCAUAUUUAUGCAUAAAGGUCUGUAGCACUGAGGCUUUAAGAUGCUGUUUUGAGACUGAUCUAAAUCUUACUGCCAUUGAUAUGUCUGGUAACUUUGACAUUAACUUCAGUGGGAGCAGGCUUGGAUCGAAGAGGUAUGAAUGACUGAAAGUAGGGUUUUUUUAUACCGUAUACAAAAAAACUCUUAAAACAUUCUAGUCAGGAAAUGCAAAUGUAUAGUAGAUAUUACAAAUAGUGCCUGAUUUGGAAAGUGACAGCUGUAAAAUGCUGCCUGAGGAAUAGAGGAAAAAAAUGCUGAAAGUAUGAUUAUAUUGCCUGAAAUCCUUUGAUUUUUUCUGUCAUGAUUUCACAAUAUGGAAACUUUUUGUUCAUGGGAGCAAUAAUAAUAUUAUAUAUAUUAUUUCUAUCACAAAGUAGGAACUAAAACCCAGAUACUUGGGCACCUAUCUCCUUAGUGAAAUCAGUGGGAGUUAAGUCGAGGGGGGACCUGGGUCUACAGGACAGAUUCUGCCAUCAUUUAAACAAGCAUAAAUCCAGAGCAGCUGCUUUACAAAAGCUGAAGUGAACAAUCUGGUGUGCUUUACUGGACAAAUUUUACUAUUUUUGAAAGAAAAAACUGCUGUAUCUUGGCUUGUGCAGUGGUUGCUGCCUGUAUAAAUGAGCUAUUAUCCAAUUUCCCAGGCAUCCGGAGAGCAAGCCCAGUCCUCAGGGUUGCUCUGGAGAGCAGAGCAUCUGGGAAGGGGGAUGUGGAACCUUUGUUUUAGAAAUCAUUAGGUAGUAGAGAGUAAAGCUAGCAGCUCAGCUUCAUCCCGUUUCCCAGCCCACAUCUUCAGGGUGUUGCCACUGAAGGGAUGACAUGGUGAAAACACCACUAUAACCCAGUGACCUUUGGUUCCUGGAAUGGCCUUGGGCACAGACAGAAGUGACAUUUUUUGUCCUAUUUCUGGCCCCUGAAAGCUCUCUAUAGCAAUGACAUGGCACAUACACAGCUGCAGAGUGCUUUUCAAAUGGCUGAUUGCAUGAAAAAUUAACCCUUGCCAGAUCAGGUAUUAGAUUAAGUCACUGUUUUUUAGAGCACCUUAGGGAAUUUAUGUUCCCUUGAGGAUUAAGUUUUCACACAGGGGCGGGGCUGUCAGCAGAGGGAAAAGGGAGCAGCAGUUGCUGGGCUACUUUGCCCAGCCUGAGUCGGAGGAGAAGGGGGAUGGACCAGAGCCCCCUCACCUCGCUCCCCACAAUACCCCAGCUGUGGUAGCUAGGGCAGGUCCACAAGGCAAGGAGGCUUCGUUCCACUCUCUGCUCCCUCUUCCAGUUUACGCCAGGCAAAGGAGCCCGGCAGCUGCUGCUGCUCCCAUCCCUCUCCUUCCCCACUGGCAGCCCUGGAGCUGGUGGGGAAGGGGGGCAGGACUGGGGAGAGGGUGGGUCAGCAGCCUCCUUAGAGGCUGCUGGAGC